AUGUCACUUUGUUCUUGUUCUUCAUGUUCGACAAUGUCAUCAUCAUCAUUACGAUCAAGUAAAUCAAAUAACUCUUAUUGUUUAUUGUCAUCAUCAUUUUCUUCAAUAACAACUGUUUCGAGUCAAUCAAACAAUGAAGUAAUACAACAAUAUUUAAUAACUGAUAAUGAACAAUGGCCAACUCCACCAGUAGAAGAAAUUCAAUUGCAGCAAAAUAUCGUACAAGAUAAUUGUCGAAUUGAAAAAAAUGUAAAUCAACAAUCGAAUAAAAAUGGUUGUAUUCUCAAAGCAACAAUGACUAAUGAACAAAUUCUUAUUUCUGACUCAUCAUCGACUAGAUCAAGAAUAAUUCCAGGCAAACAUGUUUCGAUGAAAGUAGUAUUUCAUUUUUGA